CGCUCGGCUGUCUCGUUCCUGUUCUCGCGAGACUUCAUGACGUGUUGCAAGCGGGGUGAAAUCUCGGGAGCUGCGAGCGAGCGCAGGGAGGAACAAACAGCUUCAAGACUUUAACAACGUGCAUUAAGCUGACGGACUUUUUUUUUUUUUUAAACAACAUUUCGCAAGGAGGCAGCCCUUCGAGAUUAUCUAAAGCUCAGGACGACAAAUAUUUAAUCUAGCUUCCCCCUUUUCGUAACUUUUCUUGGGGGGAGAAAGUUGAACGCAGGCUGCACGGAGCUCGGAGGACCCACCUCGGAGCAGAAAGUCAAGUCGGUGGUCGGCUGUUGGUUCUGCAGGAAUGUCGCAGAAAGAGAGACCCAAGUUUUACCGACAGGACGUCAACAAGACGAUAUGGGAAGUCCCGGAGAGGUAUCAGAACCUGUCCCCGGUCGGCUCCGGCGCAUACGGAUCCGUGAGCUCUGCAUAUGAUAUGAAGACUGGUUUGAAGGUAGCUGUGAAGAAGCUCUCGCGGCCAUUUCAGUCCAUCAUCCAUGCCAAGAGAACGUACAGAGAGCUGCGAUUGCUUAAGCACAUGAAUCAUGAAAAUGUGAUUGGCCUCCUAGAUGUCUUCACCCCUGCUACUUCUCUGAAGGAAUUCACUGAUGUGUAUCUCGUGACUCACCUAAUGGGGGCAGAUCUCAACAACAUAGUGAAAUGUCAGAAACUCACAGACGACCACGUGCAGUUCCUCAUAUACCAGAUCCUCAGAGGGUUAAAGUAUAUCCACUCAGCAGACAUCAUUCAUAGAGAUUUGAAACCUAGUAAUCUGGCGGUAAAUGAAGACUGUGAGCUGAAGAUUUUGGACUUUGGUUUGGCACGGCACACUGAUGACGAGAUGACCGGCUACGUGGCCACCCGCUGGUACCGUGCCCCAGAGAUCAUGUUGAACUGGAUGCACUACAAUAUGACAGUGGAUAUUUGGUCAGUGGGGUGUAUAAUGGCAGAACUGCUAACUGGAAGAACUCUGUUUCCUGGUACUGAUCACAUUGAUCAGUUGAAGCUAAUCAUGCUGCUCGUCGGAACACCAGGGCCCGAGCUCUUGAUGAAAAUAUCUUCAGACUCUGCCAGGAACUACAUUAGCUCCUUGCCACAAAUGCCCAAGAGGAACUUUGCUGAUGUGUUCAUUGGUGCCAACCCACAAGCUGUGGACCUUCUGGAGAAAAUGCUGGUUUUGGACACAGACAAGAGGAUAACAGCAGCCGAGGCACUGGCUCACCCUUACUUCGCUCAGUACCAUGACCCGGACGACGAGCCCGAGGCCGGGCCAUACGACCAGAGCUUUGAGAGCCGCGAGUUGGAGAUCGAAGAGUGGAAACGAUUAACCUACGAGGAGAUGUGUAGUUUUGAGCCACCUAUGUUUGACGAAGAUGACAUGGAGUAAUCAGACGUGCUACCCGCAUUGACCCCAGCCGCUGACAAUUUGAAACAACCUUGAACACGUGUAUUAGUGUUAAAUGAACUCUCAGACACACUUGUAUCAGAGUGCCUUCCAACCUUCGUCAGUCUUUAUUAACCAAGAAAACAUUGUCUUGAUGAUUAGCUCUUGUAAGGAGAUCAUUACCAGCACAGGAGAAAUGAAGAGUUUGACUAGUUAUCAUUAUUCUUAUUUAUGAACCACUAAUGUUGAUGGUCCGCCGCUGGGAAAUGUCACUUCUUGCCAAUAGCUGAAAUAGUUUUAUAUUCAGAUUUUUUAAAAUUUAGACUUGGACGACUCAUCACUGUGACACUGAGAUGCUGAAAUGUCUGGACCUAUAGCUGUGCUAUUUUGUGUUUUAAAAAUUUUCUAUCUAGUAACUUAAGAAUAAGCUUUUCUUGUCUAUCAAUUGAAAAAAGGAUUAUGCUAACCUACCACUUACCCUGCCAAGCUGUCACAUAUAGCACUGGGUCCCAUGUAUUUUGUAAGAUUCUUUUGGAUUCAUAUAUCUUCAUGAUUGUUCCUAUAUUUAAAAAUGAGAUCACUUUGAAGGUUUCAUGUCUGUGCCGGUAGAUUUUAUGUUUUUAGGUAUUUGACAAUUUGAGAAUGUGCCUAUUCUGUGUAGUCACUGACUUUUUGUAGUGCUCACCAACCGAACUUCACACAUUUUAAUGUUUGUUUUGAUAGUUUAGGCGCUCUGUGAGACUCUUGUGGCUACACAGAAAAAUCUGAGCCUCAACAAGGCACCUAAACAGGAAAAAAAAAAAGAAACUCAUACAUACAUGCUCUGCUCAAAAAUAUGUAAAUAUCUGUGCCAUAUUUUUUUAAAUCUGACUUUUUGUCGUUAUGUUAUGAAACAAUCACUUUUAGUAUGUGCAUAGUUAAAGACUUUGUGUGCGUUUGCGAGAGUGUGUUGUUGGUUUACUGGUUUUAAGUGUCAUGCUAAAACCUUUAAUAGAAAUACUGCUUAAAUGUGUAAAAGAGGGAUUUCAGAUGUAUUUAUACUUUGUGGAGGUGGUAUUUAUAAACAACAAUCGAUUGAUCCCUUUAACUAUUUUCAGUCCCGCAGAGUAACUACUAUCUUCAGUCCUUUGUUUAACAAAAUAAAGACUUAUUUUUAAGAGA